AUGCCCUCACUUGCAGUGGUAAAUGGAAGCGCAUCCGGACUCAAAGAUGAUACAACGCAGAGGGAUGAAGCUUUACUGGCAUCUCUAGGGUACAAGCAGGAGCUUAGAAGAACUUUCAAGCCCUUCGAGCUGUUCGGGCUCGCAUUCUCAAUUAUAGGCCUACUACCAUCCAUGGCAUCGGUUUUAUUCUUUGCAAUUCCCAACGGAGGUGGUCCAGCCAUGGUCUGGGGGUGGAUGGUAGCUAGUCUAUUUGUCGUAUUGAUAGGAAUCGCUAUUGCAGAGCUCGCAUCAGCGGCGCCUACCUCUGGCGGAUUAUACUUCUGGACCCAUUCCCUCUCCUCUCCCAGAUGGAAGAAUGUACUCUGUUGGACGGUGGGCUACUCCAAUACGUUGGGCAAUAUAUCAGGAGUUGCUGGGAUUAAUUGGGGAUGUUCCGUACAAAUCAUGGCUGCCGCUUCCAUUGGAUCUAACGGCACAUUUACUGCGACUCCCGCACAGCUCUUUGGCUUGUACGCAGCCAUAACGGUAUCCCACGCUGUUAUUUGCUGCUUCGGGACAACUUUAUUAGCUCGCCUACAAAAUCUCUACAUCGUUCUCAAUAUCCUGUUAUGCCUUGCAAUUAUUAUUGGCCUGCCAGCAGCCACUCCUACUGAAUUUAGAAACCCUGCAAAGACGGCGCUUUGGGAUUUCUCCAAUCUUCAUGGUUAUCCUAAUGGGUUUGCGUUUAUUCUCAGCUUUAUGGCGCCGUUAUGGACAAUCGGUGGAUUCGACUCCGCAGUACAUAUCAGCGAAGAGGCAUCUAAUGCUGCAAUUGCAGUUCCUUGGGCAAUUGUCUCUGCGAUUGCAAUUUCAGGCAUACUCGGAUGGGCUAUCAAUAUGUCUUUGGCUUUUUGCAUGGGACGUGAUUUGUUGAGCCUCGUCAAUAGCGAUCAACCGAUGGCAGCCAUUUUUUUCAAUAGCUUCGGUCACAAAACGACUCUCGUCAUUUGGUCGUUUGUUGUGAUCGUUCAAUAUAUGAUGGGUACAAGCAUGCUUCUAUCUGCGAGUCGUCAGACCUUUGCUUUCAGUCGGGACUCCGCCCUUCCAUUCUCUAAAUGGCUGUAUCGAGUGAAUGGAUAUACCAAAGCUCCAGUAAAUACGGUGCUUUUUGCUGCUGGAUCUGCCAUUGCUCUUGGAUUACUCGCAUUUGCAGGCUCUCAGGCAACGAACGCGUUAUUUUCCUUAGGGGUAAUCGCCCUAUAUUAUGCAUUUACUGUGCCAAUUUGCGCUCGAUUUUUGGGUAAGAAUAAUUUUAAACCCGGGCCCUUCUAUUGCGGGAUUUUGAGCGUGCCAAUAUCCGUGACUGCUAUAAUUUUUAUGACCUUUAUGAUCAUCGUUUUCUUGUUCCCAACUACACCGCAAACGAACGUGGGGGAAAUGAACUAUGCGGUUGCUUUCUUUGGGGGAGUAAUGGUUCUAUGUCUGAUCUAUUACUACUUCCCUGUUUUUGGAGGCAUAAAUUGGUUUACCGGUCCCAGAGCUAAUGUUGGAUCUCUGCCGGACUCUGGGAGCACUGGGUCCUUUGACGAAGAAAAGAAGGGUGGGACCAUGCAGACUGUUGAAGUAAUUAAUUCAUAA